GGCUAAAUUCCUAUGGAUUUUAACUUUUUGAUGUUUACAUAAUCGAGAAUUUUUUUUAACAAACUUGAAAGAGCAGUAACACUUUCAGAUGCUCAAAUUGUGUUGCAGUAUUUAGUUUAAAACCAUGUUUCCUGCUGAUCAUGUAUUUAAAGUUCGUCGACUCUACAAACUUAUUCUCCGGGUCCAUCGUGGAAUGCCAGCAGAGUUGCGGGUCCUGGGUGAUAAUUAUGCACGUGAUGAAUUUAAACGACAUAAAAACUGCAACCCUGCCGAAGCUAGAAUUUUCCUCAAUGAAUGGACAGAUUAUGCCAUAAGCCUAGCUCAACAGAUGAAACCACUGCAACAGGCUAAAAAAAAAGCUGUAGGAAAAUACCUUGACCCAAAGAUGCUCGACUUUAUGACUGAAGAUCAACUUAUUCAAUUGUAUGAACUACACCAAGCUACAUUGUCAGAUUCAAAGAAACCCAACUAGCUUGCGUCAGGCUGAUUAUUAUACUUUUAGAGACAGUAUUGUACAUAUAGUUGAAAGAAGUUAAAUCUGAAUAUUACUUGUUUGAAAAUGUUAAUUAAAAAAGUAAAAACCUUACAUAAGCAAAUUUGAUUCAAGAUUGAUUAUUAUUAUUGAC